AUGGGGAAAGCAUUAUUCAGAAAUUCGUGUCAAAGGGGUUUAUUAACUAUUUUUAGCAGUACCGGCUCGAAACCUUUGAGUCUGUGGGAUGUACACAUGCAAAACGGAUACUAUAAACAGUAUAUGGACCCACAGAUAAAAUCCAUGGUCUUUGAAAUAGGAGGAACAAACGUCAGUACUGCGUACAUAACAUGCCCUAAAGACAGAAAUGUGUUAGGAAUCGUCAUGCCUUACCUUGUCAUGGUCGUAAAAAACAUACACAAGUACUGGAGCUUUGAAAUCACAAUUCUGGACGACCAGAACUUCAGGCGAAGAUUCAGAGCGUCCAACUUUCAAAGUACUACGCAAAUAAAUCAAAUGAGCACCGCCAUGCCUAUCUGUUUAGCUGAGGGUUGGAACCAAAUUCAAUUCAAUUUGGCCGACUUCACUUACCGUGCUUACGCUAAGCGUUUUUGUGAAGUCCUAACGGUAAAAGUCAACGCCAAUAUCUGUAUAAGGAGAAUUUAUUUCGCCGAAAGACUUAUGCCAGAUCAUGAGUUGCCUAAGGAGUAUAAACUGUUUCUGCCUUUAUCUGGGAAGCCGAGGAAAAGGAAUGGCGCUGAUGAGGUAAAAGUUAUGCCUAGACCGUCUAGGGAUACAAUUGCCAAUGAACCCCAAGAAAUAAUGAAAAAAGCUAGCGAAGUCAUCAGUGAAUUUCAAGAAACAAAGGAAAAACCAAGUGAGAUUACCAAUGAAACCCAAGAAACAACAGAAAACGCCGGUGAGAUUACCAAUGAACCCCAAGAAACAAUGAAAAAAGCUAGUGAUACCAAGUUGGAGGAAGUAAAAGAAGCUUCUAAAGGAUCCAUGACUUCCAAUGUGUCUAAGGCAUCUAUAACGCAAACAGAAGUAACAUCUAAACAUUCUGGUACGGAAACUGUGGAAAUAGCACCGGCAGAGACAGGAGUGAAUGAUGAAAAGGACCCUGAAGGAACUGCAGAGCGAGAAUCACUAAAAUCCAAUACAGGGAGUAAAUCGUCACCACCUAGACGCCUGGAAGAUGUUCCAGAGGAAGACGAACGUGCAUUAGUAGAAUAA